AUGGCGCUGCACUCAAUGCGGAAGGCGCGUGGGUGCUGGGGCUUCAUCCGGGAACUUCAUAAAGGACCAGAAGCGGCUCCCGUUCCCCAGAAAGAUAGCACGAAACGAGUAUUUUCUGGCAUUCAGCCUACAGGAAUCCCCCACCUGGGCAAUUACCUGGGCGCCAUUGAGAGCUGGGUGAGGUUACAGGAUGAGUAUGGCUCUGUUCUGUACAGCAUCGUUGACCUCCACUCCAUCACUGUACCCCAAGACCCAGCCAUCCUUCGGCAGAGCACUCUGGACAUGACUGCUGCUCUUCUCGCCUGCGGCAUAAACCCAGAGAAAAGCAUCCUUUUCCAGCAAUCUCAGGUGUCUGAACACACGCAAUUAAGUUGGAUCCUUGCCUGCAUGGUCAGACUACCUCGAUUACAACAUUUACACCAGUGGAAGGCAAAGACUGCUAAGCAGAACCACGAUGGGACCGCAGGCCUGCUCACAUACCCAGUGCUCCAGGCAGCCGACGUUCUGUUGUACAAGUCCACACACGUUCCUGUUGGGGAGGAUCAAGUCCAGCACAUGGAACUAGUUCGGGAUCUAGCACAAAGUUUCAACAAGAAGUAUGGGGAGUUCUUUCCAGUGCCCGAGUCCAUUCUAACAUCAAUGAAAAAGGUGAAAUCCCUCCGUGAUCCUUCUGUCAAAAUGUCGAAAUCAGACCCUGACAAACUGGCCACCAUCCGAAUAACAGACAGCCCAGAGGUGAUAAUGCAGAAAUUCCGCAAGGCUGUGACGGACUUCACCUCUGAGGUCACCUACGACCCUGCCGGCCGAGGGGGCGUGUCCAACAUGGUUGCAAUCCACGCCGCAGUGACUGGACUGUCGGUGCAGGAAGUGGUCCGGAGCAGCAGGGGCAUCGACACUGCUCGCUACAAACUGGUGGUGGCGGAUGCUGUGAUUGAGAAAUUUGCACCAAUUAAGAGUGAAAUUGAAAGACUUCAGAUGGAUAAGGAACAUUUAGAGAAGGUUUUGCAAGUUGGGUCUGCAAAAGCCAAAGAAUUAGCAUAUCCUGUGUGCCAGGAGGUAAAGAAAUUGGUGGGGUUUCUAUAGGAAGUUUUUACUAAUCAGAAAAAUGUUUUUGUACAUGGAUCUAGCAUUCUGUGCAUUUUGAUAAAGGCAGCUUUCCUCACAGCAAAAAAAAUUAUAGUUUGGGGAUAUUUAGUUUGAUAUAGCUGACUAUUGACUUCAUUUGAUGAGUAAUGCUUUGUAGCUCUCAAAUGGAGCAAUGUUCCAAUUCCCAUCAACAAAAUAUUGUGACCAAAAGAAAAAUAAAUAAAAAAUUAAAUUAAAUUAAAGAAGGUGUAGCUGUCUGAUCCCCAAUUACUUGAAGCACACUCCUUGGACUGAAUUCAUUUACACAAAUGUAAUUGAGGUGAGCAAUAAUUUGGAAAAUGGGGUAUCAUUUGUGCCUCUCUCAAGACGACUUACUAAAACAGAUACUCAGUUUAUCUAUCUCCAUCCUUUUAAAAAGCAAUACAUACAGGUCUUAGACAAUUUUGGGGAUGCCGUUUGAUCUGAUUUGUAUUCCAAUCUCAUAAAAAUAAGUUGAUUGGUACAGUUCAUUUAUCAUUGAAAUGGUGCCUGCCUUAAUGUAUUUAAGCUGCUUAACUUGUUUCCCAAGAUACUACACUGUUCCAAUAAAUGUUUGUUCGGUUUUAAUUCAGAAUGACGAGACAUCAUCUUCUGAAAAGGUUAUAUUAUUUUAAUUUGAUUUAUUUAUUGUACAAAAGCCCAAGUCCCUGAAUUAUGUUCUUGAUAAGUAUUUCCUUCAUUCAUCUCAGUUUAGUCUCGUCAACCUUCUGUGAAAUAUUUAGGAGAGGAAUUGCCAUUUUACACAUGAGGAAAAUGAAGCUCAGAGAAUACAAUUAACUUGUAUGAUAUCACUCAGUAAGUGAGAAGCAAAUCCAAGAGUAAAACCUUUACUCCUUAUUCCUAAGAGAGGUGCUUUUUUCAUCAGCACAAAACCCUGAUGAAGGCAGCAUUUUCCAGACUCCAAACAUUCCGAUUUUGAAGGUGAGAAUUGGAAGUACAUGAACUAUACUACUGAUUUUGUUAAUAUCAGUAAUUCAGCCAAUAGCUGCCUGCUUUAAAUCUGGAUGCAGCCAACCUUGGUCACAUUUUCCUUCAAAAUCUCCAAGGUAGGUCCCAAGUUCUCUCUUCUGUGCUUUUUGCAAACACUUCAAAGUAUAUUUUGCCAGACUACAAUAGUAGUGAGGCCUGACAAAUCAGAUAUUCCAAUGAGUACAAGCUUCUUGUAUUGUCUCUACUUCAGUCUGAGUGAUAACAAUUCACACUAAAACCUAGCUUCUCUGCACUUCUAUUCUCCACACCUGAAGAUGAAAAUGAUAAUACUGACUUAUACACCAAGACCAGUUAGCAAGAUUAAUU